GGCAUGGAAAACUUGUUUUCAGGAAUACAUUUUCCCCUAAAUGUAUAUGUAAACAUGCAGUUUUAUCCUGCAUAAUGUUUUCUGCAUAUUUUCAGUUGUCUACUAGAAGGGCAAAGAAUGAGAAAAUAGCCUUUUCUCUAACAAUUAGUAUGUUUAACAACUUCGGCCACAAGAGGCAUUUCCACCCAUCCACUGAGAAGCCCUGAAGGACAAAGUUAAACAGUAUAAUUUGCUGAGAGCUAAAUUAUGAAUUUGCCUUCGGAAACACCUAGCACGUUUUGCGAACUGUGCCUGUUUAGGAGUUUGGUUAUAAUGUCAGGUUUGAGGAAAAAAAAAAGUAUUAGAAUUAGAAAGAAAUAUGAGGAGCCCUUAUAGCUGUGGGGUAAGAUGUGUGUGGCAGCGGGGGCGUGGUCAAGCAUCUCUCCGGAGAGAGAGAAAGCGGUAAGGGCUCUUACACCUGAGCUAAAUUAUGUCUAACACCUGUCUCUAAUUUCAGUGAGCACGGGGAGAGCGGCAUAAAUAGAGCGACACAGCACUUAGUUGGGAGAGAGACUGGAUACGACAGAGCCGAGCCAGAGCAAGGAUUUUUUAGUAGUGAAAGUUUAUUUGUGAAAGCAGUGUGUGUUAGUGUUUAGUUUAGUGCGUAAAGGUAAACUGUAAAGUGGGUGUCGCGAAGAGGGGAAAAUAAAGCCUCACCUUAAGAAGGAAUAACUGCUUCUCGCUUCAUCUUUUACACUGGUGCCGAAACCCGGGAUUGAAGUUUGGGUCGAAGAUGGAUGGAGGUCGUCCCGUAGAGUCCUCCCAGUUGGCGGAGAUCCUCCAAGCCCUCGCCAGCCUACAUCAGAACCACCAACAAACGCUGCUUGAGCUCCAACAAGAUCAAGACCGCCGGUUUGUCGAGCUCAUGCAUGCUCAAGCCGAGGACCGGCAGGCGAUCCGGAGCCUUCUCAGCCAGGGGGCAUCCUCAGCCACGACCCCGGACACUCCCACGCCGUUACCCCAGCCAGCAUUACAGAAAAUGGGGGCGGCGGACGACCCCGAGGCCUUCCUGGAUUUGUUUGAGCGGACCACCGAGAUCUGGGGCUGGCCGCUUGGCCAAUGGGCAGCCCGAUUGAUCCCACUAUUGUCUGGGGAAGCCCAGCUUUAUGCAAGUUUCUUGUACAUGUGCAGCAUCUCCCCUCCACGACCCCACACAUGACUCAAGUUCACAGACAAAAUAAAAACAAUUUCAGACAAAAACUAAAUUUCAGACAAAAUAAACAUUUCUUGAAAGCAUUGUUCACUAAUGGGGGAUGCAGUCAGAGGCUAUAAAGGUGCUACAAAUGACAGUACCCCCAGUUCUUUCUUUGCUGAAGCCAUGAGUGCACAUUUCAGUGCCCAACAGGUCAUAGAUCUGAUUUUUUCAGAUGUCUGGGAGGAACAAGAGAACAAUGAUUUAGAAGAGGAGGAGGUAUCUGAAGAAGAAGAUGGGGAAGAAUACAACCCAGAGCACGAUGCAACAUCUUCAGAUGAAGAAGAAAUCCCCCAAGCUGAAAGAGACAUUUUUGUCAAAGAACAGCAAAAUAACAUGGUCCUUGUCACCAUAUGACAACCAGGGCAGGAUGGCAGAACAAAAUGUCAUAAGGAUGACCCCAGGGCCCACAGGACAUGCAGUUGCCCAUGCCCAGGACAUCGCCUCAACAUUCUACAUGUUCAUCACACCAGCCAUUGAAAAAAUAAUCCUAGAGAUGACAAAUUUGGAGGGUUUCCGUAAAUAUGGAGACAACUGGAAAAGGAUGGAUGAGAUUGACCUGCGUGCCUACAUAGGGCUGCUAAUCUUAGCGGGUGUGUAUAGGUCCCGAGGCGAGGCUACAUGUAGUCUCUGGGAUGCAGAGAGUGGAAGGGCGAUUUUCCGUGCCACAAUGCCACUGAAAGUCUUUCACACUUUCUCAAGAAUGCUACGAUUUGAUAACUGUGAGUCAAGACAUGAAAGACGUGUGAGAGACAAACUGGCAGCCAUAAGAGAGGUCUGGGAGAAGUGGGUGGAGUGUCUGCCAUACCUCUUCAACCCUGGGCCUGAAGUAACAGUGGAUGAGCAACUGGUUCCAUUCAGAGGUCGCUGUCCUUUCCGGCAGUAUAUGCCCAGCAAGCCAGCAAAGUAUGGCAUCAAGAUAUGGGUGGCCUGAGAUGCACAAUCCAGCUACGCUUGGAAGAUGCAAGUCCACACAGGGAAGCUGGAGAAGAACCAGGGGAUGCGGGUUGUGCUUGAUGUGACAGAUGGACUGAGGGGGCACAAUGUCACGUGUGACAAUUUCUUCACCUCUUAUGAACUCAGCCAGCAGCUCCUGAAGAGGAAGAUCACCAUGGUUGGCACAGUUAGAAAGAACAAGCCUGAGCUCCACCCUGCACUCCUCGCAACAAGGGGGAGAGAAGCUUUCUCAUCAAAGUUUGCCUUCACCCCCAUCACCACUCUAGUUUCUUACCUUCCAAAGAGGAACAAGAAUGUGGUCCUCCUGAGCACACUGCACAAAACGGCUGAGAUCAGUGAUUGUGAGGACCGGAAGCCAGCCAUCAUCCUGGACUACAACCACAACAAAGGAGGCGUGGACAACCUGGACAAGGUGAUUGGAAAUUACAGCUGCAGGAGGAUGACUGCCCGCUGGCCCCUGGUCAUCUUCCAUAACAUCAUUGAUGUGUCCUCAUACAAUACCUUUGUGAUAUGAAACAAGAUCAACCCUACCUGGAUGCCUGAUAAGCGGAAAAGAGGAGGGUGUUCCUGGAGCAGCUGGGAAAGGCACUUGUGCGCCUCCCCCGCACAGCAGCCUCUGCAACACUUGUGAAAGCUGUUCAGGGGGCUGAAUCUUGUCCUGAUCCACCUGAGGCUGCAGCUGGGGCAGGCAAGAGGAGGAGAUGCCGAUUCUGCCCCUCAAAGAAAGACUGUAAAACAAAUACUAUGUGCUGCACAUGUGAGAAAUACAUCUGCAAAGUCCAUGCACACACACUUGCAUACUGUCCUACAUGUGCUAAUUAGAGAUGAUUGAUUUAUGUUCUUCACGUUUUUGUUUUGUAUCUAUUAUCUUAUUCUUAUUUAUUGUUGUUGUUUAUACACCUUGUGGGUGGGGCAAUGGUUCGAAAAAUGGGAGAAGACUAGUAUUUUGUAGUUGAAUUCCUCAUUGUACAGUAUAUAAGAAUAUAUCACUAUGUUGCCAAAAAAGUUCAAGACUGUUAUUGUUUCCCUUCAAUAAAAUGCAAUCAAAACUACUUUCCGCACAUUUCUGCUACUUCUUAGGCUAUACAAAUGCUAUCUCUUGCUAAACAAUUAAUGUUUACACCUAUGCAGUACCUUUAGCAAUAAUAAUAAUAAUAAUAAUAAUAAUAAACCUCUACUUUAGUAAAGAAAACCAUUAUUACAGGUGUGUUUUAACAAAAACGAGUGGUGUCCACUGAUUAAAUGGAGUCUUUCUGCACUGUGAAGAGGUAAAACCCACAUAUUCACAAAGUUUGUGAUGAAUGACAGGUUGUUUCUUCAUGCAAAAUAGAUUUGGGGUUUAAAAUUCAAUUAAGCUGCUUUAUUUUAGGGGUUUGGUGAAGGUGGGUCAUUUCUGACCCUUAGGACAAGGGGAGUAUAAAGAAUGUUAAGACUACACAAGGGUUAAGGAGGGUUGUCAAGGAGCACGGGGAGUCUGUAGUCAGAUCUCCCACACUGUUGCAUGUGUUAUUUUUAUUGCCAGGUAUGUUCCUCUGACUUCUAUCUUAUUUUUAGGAAUGUUUGUUUAUUCUGAUCAUAUGUGAAAUUGGGUUUGAUUGAAUUCUUGUAACUAUGUUUUA